AACAACGACACUCAAAACAAACAUGUACACCAAGGUCGUAGUAUUCCUGUGCGCGGCGAGCCUCGCCUCCGCCGGCCAUCUUCUCCAAGCGGCCGCGCCCGUAGCGUAUAGCGCGCCCGUCGCGUACAGCUCGGCGCCCGCCGUCUCCUCCAUGUCGUUCUCUUCCCACACCGCUCACGCUCCCGUCGCCACAUACGCCGCCGCGCCCGUCGUAGCCAAGACCUACGCCGCUCCCGCCUACGCCACCUAUGCCGCCGCUCCCGUCGUAGCCAAGUCUUACGCCCCAUCUGUGUCCUACCAGUCAAUCUCUACCCACUCCGCACCCGCAGUCACCACCUACGCUGCUGCCCCCGUCGUGACCAAGACCCUGGCUGCUCCUGCAUACAGCACAUACACCGCUGCUCCUGCUGUCGCCACCUACUCUGCCCCAGUGUACGCCAAGUCUAUCGCCCCUGCCGUGUCUUACUCCUCUAUCUCUCACUCUGCUCCCCUGACUUACGCCGCGGCCGCUCCCGUCGUCACUAAGACCUACUCAGCUCCUGCUUACACCACCACUUACUCUGCCCCCAUCGUGGCUAAGGCUGUUGCCCCUGCCGUGUCUUACUCUUCGUACUCGACUCACUCCGCCCCUGUCGCGUACGCCGCGGCCGCUCCCGUGGUCACUAAGACAUACGCCGCUCCCGCGUACACAUCAUACGCCGCCGCUCCCGUGGUGACCAAGAGCUACGCCGCUCCCGCCGUGGCCGCGUACUCCGCUCCCGUACUCAAGUCCGCUGUCACCUACUCGGCUGCCCCCGCCGUCUCUCACGUCUCAUACGCUGGACUCGGAGCCAACUACGGAUGGUGAAGAAAUAGUUGUUGAUAAAUAUUUAUUGUUAGUACAUGAAUACUCGACUGUUUAAUACUCUAUAAUGUUUGUACAUUCCAAAUAUAUAACGAAAUAAAAAAACGUUAUAACAAAAA